CUCAGUAGUUUUCUCACUGAGAUACAGCAGACACGGUUCAACACGACAAGAAACUGAAACACAGUCUGACUUGCAAAGCAAGCCUAACCAGGAGCUCUCUCCGGCUUGUUUCCUGUACUUGGAGGCCAUCUUGAGUUGAUGGACUUAUAAGCAUUUGUUUGCUUUUUUCGCUUGUUAAAGUUUCUUUUUUGUCCCCAGUGUGUUUCCUUGAAGUUUGGACGUUUUCCUCUUCAAAGCUGCUUUGGAGUACUGAGGGAACAGGAAGCAGGAGGAGGAGGUGCUGGAGGAGGAGGAGGAGGAGGAGAGGACGUUUAGUUUCAAAGCUAAAGUUUAUCUGUAUUUCUCACCUGGAAUGAAAGCCGUAUAGAGGGACCUUUCCGUGAAAGGGAGGGCGAGAAGAAAGAAGAGACACUUCCUGGAAAAGGAUCAGUUGAUUUUAAGCUCUAGCAGACAACGGGACACACAGCAGGGACAGCCACUAUUGAUGAGUGAGUGACUGCUGGUGUGUGUAGGUGAGUUUGUUGCCUCACACUACCCAGGCUUAUCUCUCGACUGUCUCUGACUCUUCGGCAUGGCCAAUGUCAGUCCCUUCAUGUCUCCGGGACCCAUGUCCCAGGUCUUCUUCCCCCCGGGUGGCCCAUCUCCACCUGGGUCAGUAGUGAUGCAGCAGGGGACACCAGUCUCUGUCCAUACCUCUCAAACCCCAGGAUUCCCUACAGUGGACAUAGGGGUUGCCCCUAGUCCCGGCGGGGCAUCCGGAAUGCCAUCUGGGCCUCCGGCACCAGCCGGUGUCUCCUUCAUGAUACAGAUUGGGCUUACUAGAGAGUCUGUGCUUCUACCCCAAACUGCAGACCUGGCCUACGUCAAACAAAUAUCUUGCUCAAUUGUGGAUCAGAAGUUUCCUGAAUGUGGCUUUUAUGGGAUAUAUGACAAGAUCCUCCUCUUCAAGCAUGACACCACCAGCAGUAACAUCCUGCAGCUGGUCAAGGCUGUGUCGGACAUCCAGGAGGGUGACCUGGUGGAAGUUGUUUUGUCCGCUGCUGCUACAUCCGAGGACUUCCAGAUUCGUCCUCACGCGUUAAACGUGCACUCGUAUCGUGCGCCGGCGUUCUGCGAUCACUGCGGCGAGAUGCUUUUCGGCCUUGUGCGUCAAGGACUCAAAUGUGAUGGCUGUGGACUGAAUUACCACAAACGCUGUGCUUUUAGCAUUCCUAAUAACUGCAGUGGGGCAAGGAAGCGGCGGCUGUCCACCACGUCCCUCACCAGCAGUCAGUCUUUACGUCUGUCCACCGCCGAGUCCCUCAGUAGUCUCAACAGCAGCGUGACGUCUGAAGAAGCCAGCCUUAUACGAUCACACACCCAGAUGCCCCGCACCCCCAGUGAGGCCAGGCGCUUUUACACCGGACGGCCUGUCCACCUGGACAAAAUCCUCAUGACUAAAGUGAAGGUCCCACACACAUUCGCCGUUCACUCGUACACGCGUCCCACCGUGUGUCAGUACUGCAAGAGACUGCUGAGAGGACUCUUCCGCCAGGGUCUCCAGUGCAAAGACUGCAAGUUCAACUGCCACAAGCGGUGUGCAUACAAGGUCCCAAAUGACUGCUUAGGGGAGACUCUCGACAUAUUAAGUCCAAGCACAGACACGGAGGUGCCAAUGGACUAUAGUAAUGAGUAUUCUGACACUGAUAAGUCAUCUCUGAUGGACGACUCAGACGAGGCCUGCAGUAUCCCCGGGUCUUUUUCCCCAGACAACAACCAGGAUGGAGCCAGUGGAGACCAGAGUGCUAAUAUUCCUCUGAUGAGAGUAGUGCAGUCGAUCAGGCAGACCACACGUCGCUCUAGCACAGCCAUCAAAGAAGGCUGGAUGGUGCACUACAGCAACAAGGACACACUGAGGAAGAGACACUACUGGCGCCUGGACUGCAAAUGCAUCAUCCUAUUUCAAAACGACACCACCAACAAAUACUACAAGGAGAUCCCGCUCUCAGAAAUCCUGGAGGUCCGCCCUGCGGGUGAUUUCACUCUUGUACCUCCUGGCACUAGCCCACAUUGCUUUGAAAUUAUGACGGGUACCAUGAUCUACUUUGUUGGUGAGGACCCCAACACCACCCCGUCUCAGACAUCCAGCAUGUCUGGCCUACUGCACUCUGUCAGCCCCAGCAGUGUUGCACCCAAUAGCGGAAUAGGACGAGAGUUCGCCAAAGGAUGGGAGACUGCUAUACGUCAAGCCCUUAUGCCAGUCAUCUUCCAAGACAACCCUCCAGCAGAAGGUCACACUCCUCACCGGCAGGCAUCAGUCAGCAUCUCAGUUUCGAACAGUCAGAUUCAGGAGAACGUGGACAUUGGAAUGGUGUACCAGAUCUUUGCAGAUGAGGUUCUGGGCUCUGGACAAUUUGGUGUGGUAUAUGGAGGAAAACACAGGAAAACCGGCAGGGACGUAGCCGUGAAGGUGAUCGACAAGCUUCGGUUCCCCACCAAGCAGGAGAGCCAGUUGAGGAAUGAAGUAGCCAUUUUGCAGAGUCUGCGACACUUGGGUAUAGUGAAUCUUGAGUGCAUGUUUGAGACGCCAGAGAAGGUGUUUGUGGUGAUGGAGAAGCUUCAUGGUGACAUGCUUGAGAUGAUUCUCUCAAGUGAGAAAGGACGACUUCCUGAGAGACUCACCAAGUUCCUCAUCACGCAGAUUUUGGCUGCUCUGAGGCAUCUUCACUUCAAAAACAUAGUGCACUGCGAUCUCAAACCUGAGAAUGUGCUAUUAGCAUCAGCGGAUCCUUUCCCCCAGGUGAAACUUUGCGACUUUGGUUUUGCUCGCAUCAUCGGAGAGAAGUCUUUCCGCCGUUCGGUCGUUGGCACGCCGGCUUAUUUGGCCCCUGAGGUCCUGCUGAACCAGGGUUACAAUCGCUCUCUGGACAUGUGGUCUGUAGGUGUCAUCAUGUAUGUCAGUCUGAGCGGAACGUUCCCCUUCAACGAGGAUGAAGACAUCAAUGAUCAGAUCCACAAUGCUGCCUUCAUGUACCCUCCCAACCCAUGGAAACAGAUCUCUCCUGAAGCUAUCGACCUCAUCAAUAACCUGCUGCAAGUGAAGAUGAGAAAACGCUACAGUGUGGACAAGAGUCUCAGCCAUGCCUAUCUACAGGAUUACCAGACCUGGCUGGACCUCCGAGAGCUGGAGUCAAAGCUUGGGGAGCGUUACAUUACGCACGAGAGCGAUGACAGCCGCUGGCAGCAGUAUGCCCGUGACCACACACUGCCCUACCCUCCUCACCUGGUGCCCCCGCCUCCUGCGUCGGACGAUGACGAGCAGGAGGGUGCGGAGGACGCCGACAUGCAGGGGCUGACAGAGCGUGUUAGCAUCCUUUGAAGAAGAAUCCAAGGCGGAGGACGAGAGAAAUGAAGAGUACCUGCCUGAACUCUAGCAAUUUUUAGUGCACCACGAGCGUUGGAUGGAGGUAGUCGUGUAGCCCUCUGUAAGAAAGCGUAGCUUCGGGUGUCUCCGGCAGGCCAUCUGAACUCUGACCUCUUUCAGCCAGGACUGCUGCAGAUUUGUUUCUGGGAAAGGUUGGGAAAGAACUGUUUUGGAACCCAACCUAGACCUUUACGUUGACAGAAAGUCAGACUGUUCAUCACAGGCAUAUACGAAACUAUUUUCUUCUGAAAUUGAAAAGUCUGUUAAGGAAGCCCCAGUUUAAUUUGUCUGGUUUGGGUUUUGUCACACCCAACUAGAUCUAGGUCACAUUUACCAGUAUUUUCACAGGUGAAACCCAGUCAGUUCAGUGGAAAUCCACACGAUCGUGAAUUUAAUGAGAAGACAAAAGAUUUCACCAUGCAGAUUUCAAGUUGUUCACACAAACUUCAAGUUGUUCACACGCAUUUGCCUCAUUUACCAACAGAAAGCUGUUUGGUUUGAAAGUGAAUUCUCUGUGAAUGGAGCAUCAUACAUUGCUAAACUAUUGACAGUAGACUUUAACAUUUUGCUAAUAUGACCAUAUCUUUAGAAGAAUUGCAGAAGAACUAGUGUGACUGUACCUUUAGGGGACAAAAUGGAACGAAGCUAAACGACCGAAAGAUCUCAAGACAUGGUUUUAAAAAUUAGGCUAUUUAGGCCUAAUUUAAUUUGGCUGGUUUUGGGUUAGUCUCACCCAAAUAGACAUCUUUUGUUAAAGAUGCGGUUACAUUUACCAGUAUUCGGUGUAUUUGUGCAGGCAAAAUCCAGUCAGUUCAAUUGAAAUCCACACGAUUUCACAAGCACAAGACGUGAUGUAAUGGCCAGGGACGUUCUUCUCAGAGACGUGUCUUUCUUGACAAUGGUGCUAUGAAGGCGAUGAAUAAAAGACGAAAAAAUGUUUUAAUGGUCAAAAAUGUCUAAAGGUGUGGUCACAUUUAUCAGUGACUGGCGUAUUUUCACAGGCAAAAUUCAGUCAGUUCGAUGGAAAUCCACACAAUUGUAAAAUUCCUGUGAGGGCGAAAGAUUUCACCAUGCAGAUUUCGCAACUGGUUCAAAUUGGUAACACGCAUUCGCCACAUACAGAAACCUUUUUGGUUUAAAAAGUGAAUUAAAUGUGAAUGGAGCGUCAUACAUUGCUAAACUAUUGACAGUAGACAAAAGGCUUUAAAUUUUUGAUAAUGUGAUCAUAUCUUUAGUAGACAAAACGGAAGAGCCAAAGAUCUGAAGCCAUGGUUUUAAUAUGUGGACUAUUUACAGCAUCUUAAAAAAAUCAGCACUUGCUGAAGGACAUUUAAAAAAAAAACAGCACAAGAUGUGAUGUAAUGGACAGAGUCUUUCUUGACAAUGGUGCUUUGAAGGCGAUGAAUAAAAGACAAAAAAAAAAAAAAAUUUAAUGGUCAAAAAUGUCUAAAGGUGUGGUCACAUUUAUCAGUGAUUGUCAUAUCCAGUUAGUUCGAUGGAAAUCCACACAAUUAUAAAAUUCAUAUGAGGACAAAAGAUUUUGCCAUGCACAUUUCGCAACUGGUUCAAGUUGACCAUACACAUCCGGCACAUUUACCAAUAGAAAGCUACUUGGUUUGAAAGUGAAUUCUGUGUGAAUGGAGCGUCACACAUUGCUAAACUAUUGACAAUAGAAAAUAGAUGUUAAAAUUUUCCUAAUGUGACUAUUUCUUUAGUAAACGAAAUAGAAGAAAGAUCUUAAGCCAUGCAUUUCAAAUUUGGACUAUUUACAGCAUCUUAAAAACUCAACACUUGUUGAGUAACAUAAAAAAAACAGCACAAGAUGUGAUGCAAUGGCCAGAGAUGUUCUUCUGAAUGUGUCUUUCUUGACAAUGGUGCUUUGAAGGCGUUGAAAACAAGACGAAAAAUGUUUUAAUGGUCAAAAAUGUCAAAAACGGCACAAGAUGUGAUGCAAUGGCUAGAGACUUUCUUCUGAAUGGUGCUUUAAAGGCGAUGAAUAAAAGAUGCAAAAUGUUUUAAUGGUCAAAACUGUCUAAAGAUCUGGUCACAUUUACCGGUGCUUCUUAAAAUUUUGUGGCCGAAAUCCAGUCAUUUUAGUAUGAAUCUGUGCAAUUGUGAGUUUUGUGCGAAGAA